AGAGUGGGAUGACGUCAAAUUCAAGAUGGAUGGAAUCACGACUGGCACAUACACUCAACAGAAUUCUUAAAGUAGUGUACUCCGUGGGAACAGAAAUAUUACACCAGGUAUGGAAAGCCUAGUGCAUUACAGCCAUCCCUCACAUGCCCUGUCAGUGCUUGGGGUCCUCAAUGAGCAGCGCCUCAGGGGACAGCUGUGUGACACAGUGCUGGUUGUGGGGGAUCAACGAUACCAGGCCCACAGGAGUGUACUUGCGGCCAGCAGUGAGUAUUUCCAAUCCCUGUUCACACGGAGAGACUCGGAGCCACAGAAAGCGGUACAGCUGGACUUCUGUGAAGCGGACGCUUUUGAAAUAGUACUAAAUUAUAUAUAUUCAUCCUCCCUUUUUGUGGACAAAGGAAGCUUGGCAGCCAUCCAGGAGCUGGGCUACAGUUUAGGAAUCCCCUUCCUAACGAAUAUUAUGUCAACAGCUCCUCAUGUGUCCUAUUGUGUCUCCAGAAGAAGACUGGCUUUUUCCGAGGAGGAUGAGAACGACAGUCAGCAGAAGAGUGUUAUUGUGUGCCAGACCCAAGGUGAUGCACCUGUUCCCAGCAGCGCGUCAACAUUUCGAGGGAGACACCAACAUACUCCCCCUGUAUCAUCUGAGACAGCGUCAUCCCCCCACUCCUGCAGAGAGCGGGGUCAACACCCCUCAGGACCCCUCAAUGAGUCAGCCAGGCAUUCUGCGUCCGUCCCUAGAGAACCAGCUCACGUGAUGAGUGACGCCGACAGGAAGCCCAUCGGUUCAUACGCCUCCAUCUUGAAGGGGCACACAUCCUCGUCAGCGAGGCCACAGCUCACUUCGUCAGUCUCCUUCAGUGAAGUUCAGAUUCAGCACGUCAGGCUACAGGUGGACGGCAGUCUCGGCCCUAAAGAGGAGGAAACGGAUUCCUAUUAUAGCCCCAGGCCACCCUCUCAAAGCCAGACCAGUGAGCCUAGCCAGACCAUAGACCGGAGUGGUCCCCUCAUAAAAAGCUUGCUGCGCAGAUCGUUAUCCAUGGAUAGUCCUGUCCCGGUUUUCUCCCCAACGUUGGAGCUCAAAGAACUGCAAAACAGAGAGCUGUCUGUUGUUAAGACGGUGGCAAAAAAAGAAAAGCAACCGCCAUCUGAGCCCAAACCCAACCCAACAAGCCACCAAACCAAAAGUAUUUCUCCUCUAGUUCUCAGGUCCAGGUAUCACAACAGGUAUGUGGAAGACCCUCAGGGAGACGAGAUCCGGGUGAAAACGGAACCCAGCAGUCCACUCACUGACCCCUCUGACAUCAUUCGAAUCACAGUCGGGGAUAGUUUGCCCGUCAAUAUCAAAGACUUUCAACUGAAUUUUGACACGGACCCCAGACCCUCUUUUAACGUCACAGGAAAGAGAAAAGUUAGGACAGACAACCGAAGGUAUCCGUUUAAAAAGUCCAGGGAGAUCAAUGAACAUCAUCUUACACUGUCAGAGCCCGUCCAACACGGCUCCAACUUGGAAGACAAGGACGAGGACAAUGAACAGCCUAAGCACAGUAAAAUAUUUAAAUGCUGGAGCUGCCUGAAAGUAUUCCGAUCCAGUGCUGGGCUUCAUCGUCACGUCAACAUGUAUCACAACCCCGAAAAGCCAUAUGCGUGCGACAUCUGCCAUAAGCGCUUCCAUACCAACUUCAAAGUGUGGACCCACUGCCAAACUCAACAUGGAGUCGUUCAAAACCCCGCCUCAUCCUCUAGCUCUUCUCUAUUGGAUGAGAAGUUUCAGAAGAAGCUGAUAGACAUUGUAAGGGAGAGAGAAAUUAAGAAAGCCCUGCUCACGAAGCUCAGGAGAAAUAAGCAGGGUCUUCCCCCUCAAUUGUUUGCCAAAAAGAGGACUAGAGCACAUUUGUGUCCUUACUGUGGGAAAACGUUCAUGUUCCAGUCUCAUUUCAAGCAGCAUUUGAAGACUCACCCCGCCGCAAGAGCUGACCAGGAGACGGAGAACGAGGAGGCCGCCUUCCAGAAACAGGACCAGACUGUUCAUCAGAAGGAAAACACAAGUACAGAGGUUUACUCCUGCAGACUCUGCAAUGAGAAGCUGUCCUCCAUCUUUGAGCAGGGGGACCAUGAAAGGGGGUGUAGGCAUGCGACUGUGUGUCCCUACUGUGGUCUCCGAUUCUCCAGUCCCGAGGUCAAGAAGGAUCACGAAGCCCACUGCAAGUACAAGAAACUGACCUGCUUGGAGUGCAUGCGCACCUUCAAGUCCUCCUUCAGCAUAUGGCGCCACCAGGUGGAAGUUCACAACCACAAUAUGAUGACUGUUAGGGAGCAGAUGAGCCUCAGCUGCGACGAGAACAAUGGAGAAGUGCCAGAUCCUCUCAGAGAGUUGCCCAAUACUCAGGAGUCCAUGGGCACGAGUGGCUCAAGAGAGGAUAUGGCCUACAGUGACUCCUCAGGAGCACCCAUGUUUGACUCUGAGGACUCUUUGUCGUACAUGCCUGAGGACCUGAGUGUGGGCCAGCAUCACGGUGAGCUGACCGUGAAGGAGGAGCCGAUGGAGGAGGCCGUGAGCGAGAGGGAGAACGUGACGCCUGUCACCGUCAACCCUGAGGAGCCGGGAGUGUGGCCGUGUGAGAAAUGUGGCAAGCUUUUCAGUUCUCACAAGGACCUGGAGCGCCACCAGGAGCUACUCUGCCACAUCAAACCCUUCAUCUGCCACAUCUGCCACAAGGCCUUCCGGACCAACUUCCGUCUCUGGAGCCACUUCCAGUCACACAUGUCUGCCUCAGAUGAACCUGGAGCCAGGGAAGCAGACCGACGGCCCUCGUCUCCUUCUCCAUCUCCACCCCUGACCCCACAGGUGACUGCUCCUCCUGUCCUGCUGUCCUCUCCGCCUAUAACAACCCAGGCUGUAUCAGCGGCUGAGGAGGAGGAGCCUGGAUGCUCAUCCAUGACCAAGACCAAGAGGCCUGACAUGGACAGACAAGACAGUGGCCAUAGUCCUCUAUCCAGGACGGAUAGCAUCGAGAAUCCAGUGGCUCCUCAAGAGUCCGACACGCUGUUUUACCAUGCCCCCUCUCUGUCUGCUCUAACAUUUAAGAGGCAGUUUAUGUGUAAGCUCUGUCACCGUACUUUCAAGACUGCCUUUAGUCUUUGGAGCCAUGAACAGAGCCAUAGCCAUCUGUGACCUUGUCACCCAAGCACCAGAGCCCCUUGUUGAACAUGUGACACAUACACAUAUUGGAAUAAGUACAAUAAUUACUUACAUCUCAGCCUACGCAAGAAUGAAUGUAGCUAUCUCUGUUUAUAGUUUGCUGGCCUACCUGUUAUCGUUCAUGUACAUUGGCAUAGAGGUGGAAAAGUGAAUGUGUACAGUGAAAAGCUUUUUAAGACUUCAUCAGCUUCAUGUGAACUGAUGCUUUGCCUUUAAAAUCAUAGGUUGGUUCUUUAUUUAUUUUAGGUAUCACCAGAGUGAGCCAACAUGCUCAUAAAACAUGAUCAUCAUGCUAAAAGUGCUGUUUUAGACACUGCUGUAUAAUUUGAGAGAGACUGAAGUGCUUUUCAUCUGUUUUUUUUUGUUCUGCUAGCUAGUGCAUUUAGAUGCAAGUAGGUAAUAUCAGUGGCCUCAGGCAUUCUGUCAUUGAUAAUAUUGAUACAUUAAUAUACAUAUUUUUUUAAGAAUAUUAAAUGAUUCAAUUAUUUCCUAUUCUAGUAUUGAGUAUGUUCUUUUGAGUAUUGCACAUGUGGUCUAAUUGCUGUUAUAUUCUGAUAUUUUUUUCUAGUUUUAAUUCUCCCCAUUCCAUUUCAGUGUUUUGUACUCAUGGAUGAAUUUCACAUACUACCUAAUUUUAAAACUCAUUUUUAGAUGCCUUUUUACAUAGAAAUAUGACCAAAGAUUAGGGAGAAUAGAUAAAAUAUCUGGAAACACCCAAACCCUAUUUUGACCCUUACCUAUGGCCUAUUUGUCUAACAACUCUUGAGUACAAUCUCACCUGAGUUGGACACCUAAUUGCACAGUUUAAUUGAUAUUUUACUAUGAUUGUAACUGUAAUACAUGUUGGUAGAUCAUUGUUUACUGCAAAUGAAUGUCAUGCUUCUAAUAGCCUCUUCCUUAAAUAUUGUAAAAUAUGUGUCUACGUUAUGAUACAUAGGCUAGUUGAAGUCAUGGCACAUGGUAUUACAUGGUAUUAUGGUAAAGGAGUUAACAUCAGUACAGUAUAUUGAUAUGAUUAAUGAAUAACGGCACUAGUUGGACAAAAAGGUUUUUGCAAAUAAAUUUGAUAAUUACACGUUACCUUUUCAUUAAAGUGUAGAUAUCAGAAUAUGCAAGCUGAUAACAUUUUCAAAAUGCUCUGGAACAUAACACAACACUAACGCACAAAAGCACAAUAUGGAUGAACAUUUUUUCUAAUCAGGCAAAUGAUCUGAAAUACACAUGAUCGGAAAAUCUGAGAUGAAUUCUGUAAACCACCCCCUUGUAUAAGUGACUUAAUGAGUCAACAAUGUAUUGUAGUAAUUUUACAUUCUUACAUAACUGGCAUACUUCUGCUGUGGUUGUGGUGGUUUUAGAUGUAAUCUGAAACAAGAGUCAUUAUAUGGUUCUAGUUUACUUGUCAGAAGUUUAUUGUAUUAGAAGUGUAACCUUUGGGAAUGUUUGUAAAUCUGUGGGGCACCUCUGUCACCACAUGAAUAUUCUACAGUAAAUUAAGGGAAUUAGGAUUUAGUUUGGGAAAAGUAUAACUUCUGGUUAAUUCUGUAUAUAUUAGUGAUGUAAUUUUCUGUGAAAAACUUAAAGAUCAAGAGUAAGAUAUCAUUUCUGUAUUGCAGUGUUUGUAUUCAAUUUUGUACCUAGUUUGUUGCUUUAUAAAAAUGUGUGCUUUUACUGAAUUUAUGCAUAUUUGUAUUAGUAUGAUUUACAUAUUGCAGUUUUGUGUUUGGGCUUUUUCUACAGUUUUGUGCUUCAAUUCAAAGUAAUAAAGUGACAUUAUGCCUAUCCCGA